AGUAUUGUAGUAGUGACAAUUUGAAGAAGGGAAGUCUCAAAUCUUCAAAUUAACACCCACCACCAUGCUUAGCCAAGCAAUAAUCACAUUCAUUCCCUUCUCACAUUGUAUGAGUGAAAUACAAAGACCAAUCACACCUCACAAAAUAACAAAUCUUACCAAUAACAAUAACAUUAUUAGAGUCCAAUUCCAAAGUAAUAAUAAUCACUCUAAAACCAGAAACAAACUACCCAAUUUUUCAUCAAUGGCUUCCACCAACAAAGAUCAAAUAACCUUGUCUUCUUCUCCAAUCUUCAUAUCCACUGAAAAUCUACGAACCAUCCUCACCCAUCAAACCCUAAUCAACCACAUCCAAUCCAAUCUCCCUAAAGCUUCAACCUUUCUCCAAACCCCAAUUCGCCAACACUACAAUCUCUCUCCUUCAUCUUCCCUCCUUCUCAUGCCAUCUUGGUCUUCCACGCCUUCUUUCCCUUAUAUUGGUGUAAAACUCGUGACCCAUUUCCCUGAAAACUCUUCACAGAAUUUACCAGGUGUUCAAGGUAGCUAUGUCCUUUUCAAUUCAACAACUGGUCAAACCCUAGCUUCAAUGGAUUCCACUGAACUUACACUUUAUAGAACCUCUUGUGUUUCUGGAUUGGCUUCUAAGUAUUUAGCUAGAGAUGAUAGUGAGAUUCUUGUUAUGGUUGGUGCUGGGGCUCUGGCACCUCAUUUGAUUAAAGCUCAUUUUUCAGCUAGACCCAGUUUGAAAAGAGUGUUUAUUUGGAAUAGGACCGUUGAAAAGGCGAAAACUUUGGCGAAAAAAUUGAGUGAAAGUGAUGAGUUUCCACUUUCAGGGUUGAGUUUUGAGGGUUGUGGGAAUUUGGAUGAGGUUGUUGGAUUUGGGGAUAUUGUGAGCUGUGCUACUAAUUCGGAGGCAGCGCUUGUGAAGGGUGAGAGGUUGAAAGUUGGAGCUCAUUUGGAUUUGGUUGGUUCGUUUAAGCAUUCGAUGAAGGAAUGUGAUGAUGAGGCUUUGAAAAGGGGGAAAGUUUUUGUUGACAAUGAGGCUGCAUUGGUUGAAGCAGGGGAGCUGGUUGGUGCUUUUGAAAGGGGAGUGAUCAAGGAAGAUGAAAUUGGAGGGAAUUUAUUGGAGCUUAUUAGAGGUGAUAAGGUUGGGAGAAGCAGUUCAGAGGAAAUUACUGUUUUUAAGUCUGUUGGUUCUGCUGUUGUUGAUAUGCUGGCUGCACAGUUUGUUUAUGAGACAUACACAAGGACAUAGGUAAUAUACUGAAUAUAGAAACAAAUAUAGUUUAUGCUUAAUAGUUCAAUAAGGUUUUCAAGUUGGUUUGAUGAGAUGAGGAGUUACUUGCACUAGGGAAUUUAGUUUUUGUGCAUAAUCAAAUUUGGACUAGAAGAGUUUGGUUAAAUACUUGUGAGCUGUGACUGAUGAUAAAUUCUAUAUUUCAAUAUUAUGGUUUACAUCUUAUAAAGUGCUA